AUGGUUGAUAUAAAAUUAAAGAGCGUAAAUUCAAGUUGUGAAUUUAAACUUGAUUUUAAUGAAAUAAAACUUCCUGAUGAUAUAAAUAUUUUAAAAGAUUUAGAAAAAGAGGUAGAAAAUUCUAUAUAUCAUUUAAAAAGAUCAAAUGAUGAAAUAAAAGAAUUUGAUCCUCAAGGUUUGGAUAAAGAUCUUUUUUUAGCCUAUAAUGAAAAUAAGUUCGCUUUGUAUAGAAAAGAAGAAAGACUUACGUUAAUAAGAAAGAAAAUACAAAUUAUACAAAACACUCAAGGGUUGUCAGAUAAAUUAAAUAUAUCACAAAAUAAUGUAGUUGUUAAUGAGGAAGAAAAAAAUAUAAAAAAUGAUAACAUAAUAAAUAACACUAUUGAGGAUCAUAAUAAUCUACAAAAAAAUGCAGAUUCGAAUAAUUCAAAUGGCUCAAGGAAAGAUGGAAUAUAUUUAUAA